AGAAAGACAGGGGUAGAAAGGAGAGAGAGAGAAAGGAAAACACAAGCCUACUCCCGAUUUGAUCUGGUCCCGCCAGAGUUUCCCCCACUCUUCCAGCACAGACCCAUCAUCCACCCAUCAGCUCCAACCCCCUGUGAUCCACAGUCCGUGGAGAGCCCGCAGGCUGCUGCUUCGACUGCUGGACCGGCUGCGAUUCAUCGGAUUUUAUUUCUUCUGCUCUUCUAAUCCAUCUGGAUUUACAAACACACCAACUCACCUCCUGCUUCGACAUUUGAAAUUGUUUUUUUUUUUCCUUUUAAAUUUGGACUUUUGUCCGAUUUGUAACUUUUGCUCUGUAGCCAGUCAUUUUGUUUAUCCUUUUUUUUUUUGUUAAACAUUUUCAUCCUUUAGCGUGAAUUCCAGUUUGUGUGUGAGAGCAGUGAGCAGUGUGACAGGGCAGCUGCUUACACUGUUUGAGUUUCACGAUCGAAACUUUUUGAUUUCUUAAAAUUCAUCGUUUUCCUUUUUUGGGGGGAUUUCCUUCUUUUUUCAUAUUUUUUGGACUGUGACAAACAAUAAGUCACAAUGCACAAACUAUACAUUGGGAAUCUUGGCGACAGCGUGACUGCCGAGGACUUGAUCAAAACCUUCGAGGAUCACAAGAUCCCAUACUCCGGACAGUUCCUGAUGAAAAACGGCUAUGCCUUUGUGGACUGUCCAGAUGAUCACUGGGCAAUGAAAGCAAUCGAGACUUUUUCGGGUAAAGUGGAACUUCAUGGGAAACGUAUUGAGGUCGAGCACUCUGUCCCCAAGAAGCAGAGGACCAGAAAACUGCAGAUCAGAAACAUUCCACCUCACCUGCAGUGGGAGGUGCUGGAUGGUCUGUUGGCUCAGUGUGGAACCGUUGAAAACUGUGAACAAGUCAACACAGAGAGCGAGACUGCAGUGGUUAACGUUACAUAUGCAUCCCGGGAACAUGCAAGGCAAGCCAUCCAGAAGCUGAACGGAUACCAGUUGGAGAGCAACGCCCUGCGUGUCUCCUAUAUCCCUGAUGAGACCUCUGACAUGGAGGGGGGUCAACGGGGAACUGAAAAUGGCCGUCGCCCCGGUUACGGGCCCCGUGGCGGACUCCGUGGGGGGUCCCCCAGUUCUGGAAUGCCCCCUAAGCCUCCACACGCUGACAUCCCCCUUAGACUGCUGGUCCCUACGCAGUACGUGGGAGCCAUCAUCGGCAAAGAGGGAGCCACCAUUCGCAACAUCACCAAGCAGACGCAGAGCAAGAUCGAUGUUCACCGCAAGGAGAAUGCAGGUGCUGCUGAGAAGCCAAUCAGCAUCCACUCCACUCCUGAGGGCUGCUCAGCCGCCUGCAGGAUGAUCCUGGAGAUCAUGCAUCAGGAGGCCAAAGACACCAAGACAGCUGACGAGGUUCCUCUCAAGGUUCUGGCCCACAACAACUUUGUUGGCCGCCUCAUUGGGAAGGAGGGACGCAACCUGAAAAAAGUCGAGCAGGACACGGACACCAAGAUAACCAUCUCACCUCUGCAGGACCUGACCCUGUACAACCCAGAGAGAACCAUCACAGUCAAAGGCUCCAUCGAGGCCUGCUGUAAGGCCGAGGUCGAGAUUAUGAAGAAGGUCAGAGAGGCCUAUGAGAAUGACAUUGCAGCGAUGAAUCAACAAACUCACCUGAUCCCUGGACUUAACCUGGGGGCUCUGGGUCUCUUCCCCCCUUCAUCCAAUAUGCCUCCCCCACCGCCUGGAAAUGCAGUUGGAGGAACCCCCUAUGGCUCCUUUGGGGCGCCAGAGCAGGAGACUGUUCAUGUAUACAUCCCAGCACAAGCAGUGGGAGCCAUCAUCGGCAAGAAGGGACAGCACAUCAAACAGCUGAGCCGCUUCGCUGGAGCCUCCAUUAAGAUUGCACCAGCUGAAACACCAGACUCCAAGAUGAGGAUGGUGAUUGUGACCGGACCUCCAGAAGCUCAGUUCAAGGCUCAGGGCAGAAUUUAUGGCAAACUGAAAGAGGAGAAUUUUUUUGGUCCUAAAGAGGAAGUGAAACUGGAAACUCACAUCAAGAUGGCUGCUGCAGCUGCAGGAAGGGUCAUCGGCAAAGGAGGAAAAACGGUGAAUGAGCUUCAGAACCUGACAGCAGCUGAGGUGGUGGUCCCUAGAGAGCAGACACCUGAUGAAAACGACCAGGUCAUUGUCAAGAUUAAUGGACAUUUCUACGCCAGCCAGCUGGCUCAAAGGAAGAUCCGAGACAUCUUGACGCAGGUCAAAAUGUCCCAGAAAGGUGGGAUGGGUAUGGGCCCCGGGCCCCACCCUCAGGGCUUCACUGAGAUGGGGAGCCCCACACAGGGCCUGACUCAGGACCACCAGCCACGCAGGAAGUGAGGGUCCCCUCACAUUGCUGUGGGACUCCCCCGCCCCACACACCUGACGGACACGUGCAGACGGACAGACGAACGGAUACAGAAGAGUAAAACGCGGACCCAGCAAUAGACAGGGAGAUACUAGGAAGGGUGGAAGUACGCCUGAUGGCCAUUGAGAAACAUCCUCAGUGAGAAAAAUCUAAAAUUAAUUCAAUCAAAAGCUGAAAUGAUUGGGAUAAAAAGAAACUUGAAAACAAAGACCCAGUGCCAGGCCAGAAGAGAGACUGAGUGUGGAUGAGAGGAUGAAGAGAAGGAGGGAUGGAGAGGAUGAAUCAGGCGUCGUGGUGUGGCUGCACAGAGCUCCUGGCUCGCUGCAGUUCUCACACUUUGGAUCGAUAGCUUUCAUUGACAGGCAGGCGGUUCUCUCCAUGAAGUGAUGGAGAGCUGGUGCAGUUAAUGAAACCUGUGUGAGUCGCAGCUCCACUGGCCUGUGUGCAGCUGCUCCGACGCUUCAUUCCUCCACACACCUCUCCAAACAUCUGCAGUCAGUCUGAUAUUUUAAGGGCGUUUUUUAACAUAGAGAUAUAUGUAUAGAAAUGUUUUAUUCAGAGCUAUUAUGAUAAGAAUGCAGUGAGGCGGAGCUGGGAGAGAGAGUCUGGAAGCUGCUGCAGCGGGCAAAGGUGGGCCAGCUCUGGGGUCCUGAGGAGGGGGCCGUAGAUGCUAACACUGCUCUUUAAACAGCUCUCUAAAAAGCAGCCGGAGCUGAAUGGAAAAAAAAAUGAAAAUAUGAGGUUGUAAAUAUAUAAUCUUCAAGUUAUUGUUAAAAAUGCUGCGUCCGAACCACGUUUUUUAAGAAAAACGGAGGGGUUUGUCUUUAUGUUUCCCUCUCUCCUGUUUGAGAUGUAGCAUACAGUGCCUACAGCAAGUUGAGAGGGGAGGGGGGUCUUCAGGCGCCCCCUGCUGGUGGGAAGACGCAGCAGGAGACAGUAAGGAGGCGGCAGUCGGAGCUGGUCCUGCAGUUCUAAUGCAGUGGUCGGCUCACAGCCCCCAGCAGCCGUGCUCGCUGGCCGCCACUCGCACCGUCAACGGCAUAUUUUCUAUAUAUUAUAUAUAUAUGAUAUGUGAGUUAGCCCGGCCCCCGCUGAGUGGACUGUAGCUAGUGAGUCAGUUGUGAGGGUUUGCUGCACCUGAAAGUCCGGCAAAGGCAGACAGACAAGGAGCGUCUGAGCCCCUCUGCUUGUUGCAAGGUGACCUCUCUGAAGCAGCCUGGCUCUCCCGUCAGGGUCUCUGUUUCUGCUCUGACGGCACAGGAAGCAAUAAGUCAAGUCUUCCGCAGCUCCCCACCUGGACCUCGGUAGAGGAAGUUUGAGUUGAGCGGAAGCAGCUUCCUGGUUCUCUCUCCCUAACAUGCCACAGGCCUGUGGGCGGAGCCUCCACAUCCUGCCUGUGUAUGAUAAAGAGGGGCAGGAGGAUGGAAGCUUUUACCAAGAUUAGAACAGAUCAGAGAAGAAAUGAAACAGAAAAAACUACCUCAGGGUAAAAUUACCUCAGUAUUCCUAACUUUUUUUCGCUUGCUGGUGUUUUAUAUAAAUAGAAGAAAAAGAGCUAAUAGUCCUGAAUAUUUUUUAUUUUUUUAAGAAAAAAGAUUUUUUUUUAAGUAUUGUCUUGUUGCUUUGGUUAAUUUUUUUCUGUUUUUUUUUUUUUUUUUUUUUUUU